AAUGUCUAAAGACAACAUUAAAAAGGGAAGAUAUAGUAACGAAACGCACAGAGUGAAUAAAGAUAAAGUGAAACAAAAUAAUAAGAGAGAGCUAGAUAUUCCACAUCUUUUAAGGCAUUCCAAAGCUGACGAUAUUAUCACAGUUUGUCUGGCUGCAUUUUCCAAUACACCUUCAGUUUAUUGGGCUAAUGAGAUAGAAGGAUUUCACAAGAAAUUUUUAAAUGCUAGCCAAACUAUGGACGAUGGAAUUUUUAAUAAAGAUACAUACAUGGAUAUUUUAAAGACCACAGGUGUGGAGGUAGACACUCGUAGAGUGUUCACUGAGUUCUUUGAAAAGGUUAUGAAUGUAAAUUUCAAACAUUUCUUAUCAUCACUAAGAAAAAUACCGGGAACAGAAAAGCUGAUAAACUCCAAAUUUAUUUUAAAUCUCCUUAAAAAUUCAUCUAAUGUAGGCUUUAUUUGGACAGCUAUUUUAAAUAUCUCUAAGAACAAUCAUUCGUUCAUAUUUAAGCUUGAUGAUAAUCAUACUUUAUAUAUAAAAAAAAAUGAAUUAGUUAAUCUAUCAACUCCUAAGGUUGUUGACUCUAUUGAAGCACCUCUUGAUGCUGUUAUUGAAGCAAAUCUUACGUUUGAGGAAAAUCUUUUUCUAACUACUCUCAAUGUCUUUACUCCUAAUGCAAUAACUCCAGGUGUGAAAGAAAUAUACGAAAUGCUUAUCAUUGCAUUUUAUAGAUAUCUUGAAAAUCAAUACGGUAGUAAAUACUAUUUAAGGUUAAGAGAACUUAUGAACCUUUUUAGCAUUGUAAAACUUCAAAGUCUAUAUUCCAAUAAAUGGAUAAAAGAAGAGAGAGAAUAUUUAACUACUGUCUAUAAAUCAAACUACAUAAAAAUAAUCGUUGAUAAACAUUCCCCAAAUGAUGUAGAAGCCCUUUUACAAGAGUUGAACUUGACAGAUUGA